AUGCGAUGUAGCAAAUUUUUUGGUAUUAUGGUAGUACCAUAUAGCUGUCAGCCGCCAACAUGUAGCUACCUCCCCCUCUACCUAUCAGGUCGGUAGUUUGUUAUAUGCUUCCCGAUGGGUAGGGAGGUUAGGAAUCGCCCAAUCAGCCACGCCCAAACCCACAAAGGGUAGGCACGGUUCGACGCGUCCAACAGCCCAACGCCAAACCAUCGAUUCAUCGCUUUAUAAACACCACGAAGAGCGUCAAUUCACCGUAGUCGCAAACCUGCCGUUCCACGUGGUUGAGCGAGGUAGAGUUUUUUUUAACACCAUGUAUGGGGACACAGGCACGAAACUGGUCCAACAUGCAAAGAGGACACAGAACUUGACGCAUCUGCCGGCGUAUCAGACCGAGAUGGUACGUGCCGUCUCGCGGGAGGUUCGAGAUCUGGACAAAGACGUCUCGAGAAUGCUAGAGCCCUUCGGUGGCUCGUUCGAUCCCGCUGCAGAACAAGCCACGGCAUGUACGCUGCUGGUGAACCAUCUCUCUAUGCGCAGAAACAAGCGCUGCCUGCUUGCCUAUUACCGCACUCGGACCGACAAGCUGGAGGAGCUCGUGUGGAACGGGUCGGAUCUGGUAGACCUGGCUGGGCAACAGGCGGGGGGUGUCAUUGCGGAGGGACCAGGCAGCGAUGCGAGUAGUACUAGCAGCCUCAGUCCCCAAGAGAAAGACUACGUGCGGCAGUAUGGAGAUCUGCUAGCCGCAUACAAGGGCCAAUGGACCGACAUCGAUUUGACGUAG